ACUGUGGAGUAACCGGGAGGGUCCUUCACAACACAACGUAGCUCUUUUAGACACCGGAAGUCAGACUGCUAUGGUUCGCAUCCGUUUGAGCCAAAUCUUUUCUGUUUAUUCCUGAUCAUUUUCAGUGAAAAGAUGCUGUCUGUAUUCAAGAACAUUCCCACGCACAUGGAUUAUAAAGGCCAGAAGUUGGCUGAGCAGAUUUUCCAAGGAAUAAUACUCAUCUCAGCGGUGAUUGGGUUCGUGUAUGGUCUGAUCGUUGAACAGUUUGGGUGGACAGUGUACAUAGUCUUGGCUGGUUUUGCUGUGUCCUGUGUGUUGACCCUGCCUCCAUGGCCUAUGUACAGACAGAACCCUCUGUCCUGGCAGCCAACUUUACCAGAGACCAGCGGGGAACCCAGCCAAAAACCUCAGGAAAGUCUCAAGAAGAAGAAGCACAAAUAACUCAGCACUGUCCCUGCCUGACUGUUAAUACAUCCUUUUAUAUUGGAAAUUAUUUAGAAUUUUGUCUCACAGCUUACAUUUAGUAUUUGGGAAGAAAUCAUUGUUACAGCAUCAGUCAAUAAUGAAAUACUUGUGUGUCAAAGUAAUAAACAUCUGAUACCGUC